ACGGCUUCAUGGUCAACAGCAUGUAGAAAGUCUGAGCCGCCCCCCACAGCGCAGCUCCAAGUGACGCACCAUGGACACGGACGCCGUGCAGCCCCAGGAGGCUUCGCUGACAGUCAAUGAGCAGGUCAUUGUGAUGUCGAGCCAUGAGACCAUCCGAGUGCUGGAGGUGGGAGUCGAUGCCCCGCUUCCAGCAGAGGAGGAUGGAAAGACUUUGGACGCAGCUGCUGAGGAAGCAGCCAGCAGCUGCCCCUCAGAAACAGGCAAAGCGGGGAGAGAAGAGGUACAGCCGAACCCAGAGACCACAUGUGGAGAGACAAUCGGCAAAGUCAAAUCGUUGCCUGGAAUAGCAGCCACCAGCGUCCCAUCUGUCAGCACCUUCAGCCAAGUCACAAGCCAGCAGACGCAAACCUUAGCCCCUGUAACAGUGCAAGCCACACCACAGGUCUUGACUCAGGAAAGCUUAGCAACAGUUGUGACAGGAGUAAUGGUUCCCGCAGGGGCAGUUACUCAACCUCUUCUUAUCCCCAUCAGUAUUUCAGGUCAAGUGGCAAGUCAGCAGGGACUGGCUGUGUGGACAUUUCCUACAGCAACGGUCGCUGCCCUUCCUGGACUGACGGCUGCUUCUCCUACAGGGGGAAUUUUCAAACCGCCCAUAGCCAAUCUGCAAGCCGCCACGGUGCUGAACACGGCCAUCCCGGCCCCUGUGGUGCCAGCCCAGCCCCUCCCGGCUCAGCAAACAGUGCAGCCCCGGCCUCCUCUCCAGGCACCGCCUGUGUUCCAGGCUCCGCCGGUGGUGCAGAGCCAGCCGGCCAUCCUGCCACAGCCCACCACAGCAUCCGCACCACCUGUGGCCAAGCCGGUGGAAACCCAGACGCAAAUCACGGUCCAGCCCGCGGGAUUCGCCUUUAACCCGGGAAUAAUCAGUGCAGCCUCCCUCGGUGGACAGACCCAGCUGCUUGGCUCCCUGGCAGCUGCCCCAGUGAUUGCAAACACCAUUUCCAGCAUGCAGGGGAUCACAAGCCAGAUCCUGACCAAUGCCCAGGGGCAGGUCAUUGGGACGCUGCCAUGGGUGGUAAACCCCACUGGCCUUGCAGCGGCCAACCCCACCCCGGCCGCCCUGCCAGCCCAGAACUUGCAGCUACAGACAGUAACGCCGCAGCUGCUCCUCAACGCUCAGGGGCAGGUCAUUGCCACACUGGCCAGCAGCACCAUUCAGACAGCCGCCAUCAAGAAAACCAGCGCCCCGGAGCCUCCCAUUAAGAACGAGGUCCAGCCAAUCCAGCCAGCCCCUGCUCUGACCCAGCCAGCUGUGGUCAUCGCCAACCCAGCCCCUGUGGCCAAGCCGUCUUCUGCUCCCGUUCCCGUCACGUGCUCAGAGACCCAAACCGUGAGCCAGCUGGUUUCCAAGCCCCAGACUCCCAGCACUGGCGUCGACGAGGACGGCAUCAACCUGGAGGAGAUCCGGGAGUUCGCCAAGAACUUCAAGAUCCGCCGCCUGUCGCUGGGGCUGACGCAGACACAGGUGGGCCAGGCCUUGACAGCCACGGAAGGGCCAGCCUACAGCCAGUCUGCGAUCUGCAGGUUUGAGAAGCUGGACAUCACGCCCAAGAGUGCCCAGAAGCUGAAGCCAGUGCUGGAGAAGUGGCUGAGCGAGGCGGAGCUGCGGAACCAGGAAGGGCAGCAAAAUCUGAUGGAGUUUGUGGGUGGCGAGCCCUCCAAGAAGCGCAAGCGCCGCACGUCCUUCACGCCCCAGGCCAUCGAGGCGCUCAAUGCUUACUUCGAGAAAAACGCCCUGCCCACCGGGCAGGAGAUCACUGAGAUCGCCAAGGAGCUCAACUACGACCGCGAGGUUGUCCGGGUCUGGUUCUGCAACCGCCGGCAGACGCUCAAAAACACUAGCAAACUCAACGUCUUUCAGAUCCCCUAGGCCUAGGGGGUGGGCAGGUGGAGACGGCCCCCCCACCCCUGCAACUUGCCUCCCCCUGGGAUCUUGCCCUGAGCACUUUGUGACUGCCUUUCCCCUGGCCCUGCCCCAGCCAGUGACUGUCGUGGCGGGUGGGCGGAUUCCUUCCCCACCGUGUGCAUAUAUGUUCAUGCCCCUUCUGGUCCUUGCGUCCGCAUUGGACUUCGUGCCUAGCCCCUUCUUCCUCUUCCUCCUGAGUGUAACCCUGUGCGUGGUGCUGGAGCUCCCUCCCUGCAAAUACCACCUCUUCCCCCUUCCCCCCAGGGCAGGAGGUCACUGGUCUGCAUUUCCAUGUCAGACAAAGCUUCUAGCCCUGGGAGCUUUGUUCCAGCAACUCUUGAAGGCCACACAGGGGCCAAGCCAGGGAGAUGGGAAACAUUUUAAUUGCAAUCCCUGUUUAUUUUUAAUCCCCUCCUCUUCUCCCGGUGUGAUAGCAGGUUCUUGGGAUCUAACAGCAUCCUGGGGGAUAGCUUAUUUUAUACCCUCUGCCCUGAGACUAGGCUUUCUAAACAGUACCCAGCAAACGACUUUAAAUUGAAGUUAUUAAUGUGACUAGCUGCUAGGGCUGGGGGUGCCAGCAGUAAUUAAAGAGCCAGCUGCUCCCCUACUAACCUCGUUUGCUGGAGGAAAACAGUCCUGGCAUUUAGCUCCCCACCCACUCACCCACCCCCCACAAACCCUGGAAAACAAAUGGUUACAUUGCACUAAAGGGGAAAGGGCUGGCUGAGGCAAUUGCUUUGUUCGCUAAUUGGGUUGAUUGAAAUAGGCAGGCGCUAAGCCAUUAGCAUGCUCCAUCUUCUUCCUGUUUGUAUCAGCUCCAGUUAAUUGUAGCACUGGGAAUUCGAACCCAGGCCCUCCAGCAACAUGGGCCUUGUGGGGCAAGUGUGGGUUGUCCAGGGUAUAGCACCCAAUGGGGUGCUAAGCUUAACCUUGGAGAGUGGCUUUGACUAGAAGGGUGACAAGCUGGAGUCCUUGUGGCUCAGAGGGCUGAGGAGGUGGCAGCUGCCCCCCAUGUGCUGAGAGAAGAAAGCUGAUGGAUUGUCUGGUUGCAUUUGGCCCUUGAUGAAGGGACCCCCACAUAGCAGCCCCUCCUGCUUCGCCUGGGAGAGUGGUCCUUAGGGCAAGGACUCAGCUUGUGACUGUCUUCAUCCCUGUCCUUUAGAUCAUGGCAAGGGAAUGGGCGAGGGGGGCAGACAAAAUCCACCUCCAGUGCUGAGCACCGUACCUAGACUCCCGGUGGCCCCAGGUGAACUUUUAGUAUCAGGCCCCACUUCGCCAGAGAUAAUGAUAAUAAUAAUUAAAAAAUUACCAUUUUCCGGCCUCCUUUCUGUCCCAGCCCUGGGCGGCCUGCAUCCGGCCCUAACAGUGCUGAAUUAUAAUGGGCACCUUCCCCAUCAGCUGCCAUUCAGCAUUGCCUCCAGUCACCCCUGCCCAGCCUGUGAUGUCCCUGCAAGUGUCUGUAGCUGGCAGGUAGGGGCAGGCAAGAGGGUCUCAUCCAGAGAUGGGUUUGACAGAAAAGCAGGACAGAGCUGAAGAAACAGUGGGUAUCAGAUCCCUGCAGGCAGAGGAGGCCAGCAGCACCCGCCUAUGUCUUGAGUAUAAGAAAGCAGCAGGAGGUGUGUUUGCCAAGUAGAAGUGUAAAAGCCAAAUAGAGAGAGAGAGAGAAUUGCACAAUAAUCCUUAACUGAAAGUCUGGGGAAAAGCUGGCACGGUGCUAUCUCUCCUGCUAUCAUCCUUGCAAACCUCGAAGAGGUAGCGCUGCUUCACCUUGGCCUAUGCUUUAAAAAAACAACCCCUGAGGUCUAAUUUCCAAUCCCAGAAUAGAUCACUAGAAGUCAUUCCCGGGGACAGGAGCUUUGGUCUGCCUGUGAGUUAAUCGGAGAUGGAAUUGGAAUGGUUCCAUUUUGCAGCCAACGGCCAACCUACAGGGGAGAUGGAGAGAAGAAAUUAUUUAAUAGUCCUCAAGGAGGAGACAUUGAAAGGCAUCCUGUGCUUUAGAGGUGGGGUCUUCACCAGCAGAAGAUCCCACCAACCCUUCUCCAACCUAGGAUGUGGAUGGUGGCUAUGGCUGUCAGGCUGAAUAUUGAAUCACAAGGAAAUUCAGGGCAAAUCAUUCUGCCAGUGGAAAUCUCAAGAGUCCUUUCCCUGAGCCAUCCCCCUAUCAUGACAGCAGAGACAAGGUCUCUGCUCUAGCAUGGAGGAGGCUGGUGUUACCAUAAGCAGAAAUGCUCUGGCUUGGUGCUACCAUAAGUAGAAAUGCCUCCAGGCUGUGUUGAGCUGAGCUGCGGACUGGGGAGACCAUCAGCAUGUCUGAUUUAAUGCACCUUUGUUGGGCAACAGUGUCUGCAUGUCUCUGACUAUGCCUAAGGAAAUUGGGAGAUUUCUGUUCCUCAAGGAUUUCUCCUUGCUUGGCAAGCUGGCUUUGAUGGAUGCCUUGCUCUGUUCCCUGUGCUGAGCUGGGGAUGCAGCUCUUAGGGCGAGACCAGCCAAUCAAGCCUCGCACCGGGCAGCUAGCAUGGCGAUGAGGCAUAUACCACCUGGGGUCUUCCAGCAACACCCCAAUGCUUGUCCUUGCCUGUAGAAGAGCCUCCAAUCCAGGGGAAAUACUUGGAUCUGCCCAGAGAAAGUGGAGAGGUGAGUAUUUGUCAGGAUGCACCACUUCUUGGAACAGGCCAAAUUGGUGAGUUAGGAUUGAAUAACCCCCUAACAAACAUGAGAAGCUUGGGCUGUUCAAGGAAGUGUUUGGUGCUGUGCAGGUGAUGAAGGAGGGAGAAGGCUGGGGGCACUAACACUUUCAUAUUGUCUGUACCCCAGGGAGGGUGUAUACCACGUCAUCAGAACCUGCUGUGUUAUUGCCUGCAUCCAAGCCCCUGUUCUCCUGGGCUCCCCCACCUGGAUCACCCUUGCUGGGCACGCUGGGCCCCCUCGCUCCCAUGUAAUGCCACGUUGGAGAGGUGCUGUUGGAUUUUAUGAGCUGUGGGGAGAGGUAGGGGGCCACCAGAGGUCUGGCCGAUGGUUCUUGCUGCCAUGGCCAUGUCAGACUAAUGCACUUGAUGUAGUCAUGUGAAAUAAACAGUAUUUUUCUUUUUUCAA